GAUGUCACCUCCGGACUCACUACACGCCCUUGCGCUAACCUUGUUCCAAUCACCUGCGAGCUAGAGAAAACUGCACAUCACCGCCUCGUUGACACGUUGUAGUCCUGACCUGAACCACUGACAGACGGAUUGACACAGACUACUACCUGCCACAAAGACAGCUCUCUCAACCAGCUGUCGUACAUGUCGCGGACACUCGCUGAUCGCUGGGCCCGCAAACGAUACUUUGGAUAAGCUCCGUCGGAGUUUCGACACCGACCGAACGCAUACAUCCUUGUACACGCCGCAGUGAGACCAUCGCGGGGUGCAUCCUGUUCCUAUUGUGUACCCACGGGAUCUCUGCUCCUCUCCUCUCCUUCUUCUUUUUCUUCCUUCAUUCCAUCCUUCCUUCUUUCCUCUGACCCUUGCCCACCAUGCACAUCUCACAGAAACUCGCUCAGGCGAAGCGCGAAGGGAAGCCGACCUUCUCCUUCGAGUUCUUUCCCCCGAAGACCGCACAGGGUGUUCAAAACCUCUAUGACCGCAUGGACCGCAUGCACAGCUUCGGCCCUCAGUUCAUCGACCUCACCUGGGGCGCCGGCGGCCGUCACUCCAAAUUGACCUGCGAAAUGGUCAAGGUCGCACAGUCCGUCUACGGUCUCGAGACCUGCAUGCACCUCACCUGCACCGACAUGGAAAAGUCCAAGCUCGAUGAGGCCCUCCGAGAAGCAUACCAAGCCGGCUGCACAAAUAUUCUGGCCUUGAGAGGCGACCCGCCCCGUGAACGAGAAAAGUGGGAGGCAACGGCUGGCGGAUUCCGUUACGCAAAGGAUUUAGUUGUCUACAUCAAGGAAAAGUACGGAAACCACUUCGAUAUCGGCGUUGCAGGAUACUCGGAAGGCAGCGAUGACAACGACGAUGUCGAUGAGCUCAUUGACCACUUGAAGGAAAAGGUCGAUGCUGGAGGCUCCUUUAUUGUAACGCAAAUGUUCUACGACACAGACCUCUUCCUCGAGUGGGUACGAAAGGUCCGCGCCAAGGGCAUCGACGUUCCCAUUAUUCCAGGCAUCAUGCCCAUCCACACUCACGCCGCCUUUCUACGAAGAGCCCAAUGGACAAAAUGCCACAUUCCCGAUGACUGGACAAAGGCUCUGGAGCCUGUCAAGAACGACGACGUUGAAGUGCGUGAAGUUGGCAAGACAUUGGUAGCCGACAUGUGCCGGAGACUGAUUGACGCCGGCAUUACCCAUUUGCACUUCUACACGAUGAACCUUGCCCAAGCCACGCGCAUGGUUCUCGAGGAGCUUGAGCUUUUGCCAGAUGUGGAAUCACCACUCGAGAAGCCUCUGCCAUGGCGACCCUCCUUGGCCCUCAACCGACGCGAAGAGAAUGUACGACCCAUAUUCUGGCGCAACCGACAACGGUCCUAUAUUGCACGCACUCAGGACUGGGACGAGUUUCCUAACGGCCGUUGGGGAGAUUCGCGAUCACCUGCUUUCGGCGAGUUGGAUUCAUAUGGUAUUGGUCUCAAGGGCACCAACGAGCAAAACAUCAAGCUAUGGGGCACGCCAUUGACCAUCAGGGAUCUCUCUAAUCUAUUUGUACGCUAUAUGGAGGGCAAAGUAGAGUCGUUGCCAUGGAGUGAACAGCCCAUUACCGCGGAGGCGUCAUCUAUUCGAGACGAUCUCAUCGACUUGAACAGACGUGGUUUCCUCACCAUCAACUCCCAGCCUGCUGUCAACGGCGUCAAAUCGUCUGAUCCCGUCUUUGGUUGGGGUCCACGCAACGGUUAUGUUUACCAAAAGUCCUACCUCGAGGUCUUUGUCUCACCCGAGCACAUCGCCGAGAUCAUUACCCGUCUCGAGCGUGACCCAGAAUUCACCUACUAUGCUGUGAACAAGAACGGCGAUUUGAAGACGAACGCCCCCAACGAAGGACCCAACGCUGUCACGUGGGGUGUCUUCCCAGGCAAGGAGAUUGUACAGCCAACGAUUGUCGAAACAGUCAGCUUUUUAGCCUGGAAGGACGAGUUCUACCGACUCGGCCAACAGUGGGCAAACUGUCACGCAGGUGUCAGCCCAUCACGCUACGUCAUUCAGGACGUCAUAGACACUUGGUACCUUCUCAACAUUGUGCACAAUGACUUCCAUGCUACCCGUGGCAUCUUCCCAAUCUUCAAUGGUCUAGAGGUCAAGGACAUGGACAAGCCGCUGCACACACCAUCUGCCGAUCUUCCUAAUGCAAAUGGCAGCGAAACUGUAAACGGAGCCAAAGGCGUCAAUGGAACCAAUGGCACCCACAAGGAAGAGAGCCCAAGCCUCAUAGAUGUUGCCAAAGCAGCAGCGAUCGAGGUUACCAAUGGCAUGAAGAGCUUGGCUGUCUCUAACUAAUACGACAUGGAAAAAUCAUGUCUAAUGAUCUUACUGCACUCAACCCAGCAAGACUAAUUAUCAUUCUCGGCGUUCCCUGGGAAAUACUUCGGCUGAAUUAUCUGUGUUCAACAACACAUCGCGGCCUUUUAUUUCGCACAGUUCUCUUGCGCUUCAACAAGCGCAAACUUGGAGGUUUCUUUUAGCGUAUCCUAGGCCCUGUUUUCUUUAUUCAUAUUUUUGAUUGUUAAAAUAAAUGCCGUGUUCGCUAUAUACAUAUACACGCACAAGCAUUUGGAAGGCGUCUCUUCAACCCGACGACCAUCACGAAAGAACAAGGUGCAGGAACCUUGUAAAAAGAGUUCAAAAGCAUAGCGCAGGAUACAAAAGACGGAGAAAUGGCUUUCUGAGAUACCCGACUUCGCUCCCCUCAACGGCGGCGGUCAACCUUUUCACUUCGCUCUUUUAACUGCCAUUUUUGUAGUAGAUAUAUACAAAUACAUAUGGUGUACAGGUG